UGACGCAGAGGUCACAUGACGAUGUCUCAUGCUACAACAAAUCGCAAAUAUCCGAAUUUGUCUGUUUUCCUGCGGGCCUAACACGCGACCCGACAGCUUCCGUUCAGCCGGAGCCGAACCAGGAACCCGCCCGGCCGAGGUCAAGCUGCCCGCUCGACGCUACUCGGUUGGUGGGUCAACCGAGUAGCUGCAGAUGGAGGUGGAGGGGAUGGGUGAUGAAGGACAUUCGUCCCAGAACGAACUUCCAGAUCUCGGGGCAACGCAGCAGCUGCCAGCGGAUCUGCGAAGCUCCACGCCUGCAGAGAACGUCUGCGUGAGUCAGAAAGCAGUGGACAAACUCACUGAGGGUUUCCUCUCCCACUACCUACCAGAUCUGCAGAACUCUAAACGGGCCCUGCAGGAGCUCACACAAAAUCAGCUGAUACUGUUGGACACACUGGAUCAAGAAGUCACCAAGUUCAGAGAGUGCAACACCUUGCUGGACCUCAACUCGCUGUUUACAGAGGCCAAAAUUUACCAGAACAAGCUGGUGAACAUAAGAAAAGAGAUGAUCAUGCUUCAUGAAAAGACAACUAAGCUAAAGAAAAGGGCUCUGAAGCUGCAGCAGCAGAAGCAGAAGGAGCUGCUGGAGAAGGAGCAGCAGCGUGAGCGGGAGCUGGAGAGGGAGAGGCAGCUGAUCGCCAAACCGGCUAAAAGAACGUAGAGAUGUUGAAGAACCGCUCUUUGGGGCUCGCAUGUCUUACUCCGUUUACUACAUAUCGCCGAUCAAUGACACAGACCUGUAACCAUUUUCCAAAGGGCUCAUUGGACAGUCGGAGAGGCAGCGCGCGGUUUCAAUACGUUUCAAUACAGAUCUUGUGAGAAUCUGUUGAGGAACUUGGAGAAGCUCCUCCGCAUCUCCUGCUUAAUCAAAUUUAUUUCCAAACAAAUUUAUCUACACUAUAUACACGCAAUAUCUGUACAUAAAUAAAGUUGUUCUCAUGACAUCCUGGGGAUAACGUUAUGCCACUUUAAGCUGCGGUUCUCUAAAAGUCUUGAGAGUUUUGAUUUUACUUCCCUCGUCAUUUCCAUUUUAAACAUGUUGCAGCCGACUUCCUCCUUGUUCAGCCUAGUUUGUCACAGUUCCAGUUCGUUUGGACUCACUCUGACUGUUCGGGCAGAUUUAGCUGUGUAUCUAUUUGCUUUAGUUGUGUGACGUAUCGAUAGAAGCACUCAUGUCUUGCUCGAAUGGCCUGUUCUCUCAUUUUUUUUCAAGACAUUUAUGGAUUCUUGAGCAAAAGUCCCUUCAUAUUCUCAAACCUAAAAAGAAAUGGAAAGGAAAUUCCUCAAGGAGAUUUCUGUUAACAAAUUUGUUUGGGUGCCAACAUUUAGGAGAAUGGUGUUUUGUUUUUUGUUUUUUUAUUACUACAGAAAGGUUGGGUUUGUCAAAAAAUAAAAUAUUACAUCAUUGUGCUGCAAUGAAAGGUAGGUUUAUGUUAAUACUUUUUCCAGCUGUUUAUCAGUAUGGAUUCAUAUAUUGGCCUUUUUACAUUUACUAAACGCCUUGUUUCUUUGGUAUGUUGUGGAAAAUAUUUACACUCCCUUCUGAAUUUACUGCUUGUCCAGCAGGAGAAACAGUUUUGAACAGAUCAGGAGGUUUAAAUAUAAAACAAUAUUCACCGAGGCAUUUGGAAAAUUUCAGUUCAGACCUCCUUAAAUCUGCGGCGCACUUUGGAAAAUGGUUUCCUGAAUGAAACACUUAAUGUGGUGCUUAGUAAAUAGGAAAAGUAAAAAGCUUGCAGAACCUCGAUUUCGGUUGUUCCUGUCUGACUCAGCCAAGGACACCAUAAACCAAAGACCUGAACUACGUCAUCCAAUGCUGUUUGACUUCUGACGAUGCGUAUGUUUGUGAAGCAGAACAAAUCAUCCCUGACUCU